AUGAUUCUUUUAGGAUGGCUUAACACUGGCAGCAUGAUUACUGCACGCUCUGGUCACACAGCAUCUGUAUUAGCAAACGGAAAAGUUUUAGUUACUGGUGGAACCAAUGGUUUUUCUUCUCUUAAUAGUGCAGAGUUGUAUGAUCUAUCAACAGGAAUUUGGACAACGACUGGCAGUAUGAAUGAUGCACGUAAAGCACACACAGCAUCCGUAUUAACAAAUGGAAAAGUAUUAGUUACUGGUGGAACUGGUAGUUCUAUUCUAAGUAGUGCUGAGUUGUAUGAUCCAACAACAGGAACUUGGACAACCACUAGUAGUCUGAAUGAUGCACGGGACACGCACACAGCAUCCGUAUUAGCAAAUGGAAAAGUGUUAGUUACUGGUGGAGAAAACGGUGUUUCUUCUCUAACUAGUACUGAGCUGUACGAUCCAUCAACAGGAACUUGGACAACAACGGGUAGCAUGAAUGAUGGACGAUUUGACUACCAAGCAUCCGUAUUAACAAAUGGACAAGUGUUAGUUACUGGUGGAUAUAAUGGUUUUAAUCUUGUAAAUAGUGCUGAGUUGUAUGAUCUAUCAACUGGAACUUGGACAUUCACUGGUAGUAUGAAUAAUGCAGCAUUUUUCUACGCUGCAUCUGUUUUAACGAAUGGAAACGUGUUAGUUACUGGUGGAUGGGGUAAUGCUGGUAUCCAAAAUAGUGCUGAGUUGUAUGAUAUAUCAACAGGAAUUUGGACAAUCACUGGUAAUAUGAAUAAUAUACGGUACACACACACAGCAUCUGUAUUAACGAAUGGAAAAGUGUUAGUUACGGGUGGAUGGGAUGGGAUGUCUUAUCUAAAUAGUGCUGAGCUGUAUGAUCCAUUAACAGGAACUUGGACAGCCAUAGGUACUAUGAAUAAUGAACGACAAACACACACAGCAUCUGUAUUAACGAAUGGAAAAGUGUUAGUUACGGGUGGAUCUUCCAGUAUUGUUCUGCAGAGUUCAGAGUUAUAUUAA